UGAGCGCGUGAGAGGAAAAAAAAGUGUGAAAGAGUUAAUUGUGGCCGCAACGUUUUGCUGCCCGCAGCGCCGUUCUGAUAAGACAAGACAAAAGAAAACCAAUUCAAAAGCAUGUUUGCGCGUAACGCUAGCAGCGCAGCCACCACCAGCAGCAGCAACAGCAGCGGCGGCAGCAGCACUAACACUGUCAGCAGAGGAAGCGGUGGAGAAGAUGUCGUCAAUGGCAGCAGCAGUCUAUCGGUGGCAGCAGCAGCAACAGCUUCAUCUUCAUCAACAGCGGGCAGCAUUGAGCUACUCUGCCCGCCCAGUGGCAGCAGCAGCAACAUCAGUGUCAGUGUCGAGUCCAACAACAACAACCACAACAACAAUAACAACAGCAAUAGCAACAACAACAAUCAUAAUCUGAGCUUACAACAACUGAACAGCAACAGCAACAACAACCAAAACAACAAUCACACAAAUCUAAUCACUGGCAUUUGUCAUAGUAUUUGGCGUACAGCAACAUUUGGUAGUGCAACCCCCAUACUAGCUCCUCCUCAUCCUACUCCUGCAACUACUUCUGCAUCGCCUCCAGCAGCCACAAUGGCGACCUUGGCCUCCUCAUCCUCCGCCUCAACGGCAUCCAGCAGUGACAGUUCCUCAUCCAUAACGCCCGAAUUAAAUGCCACCGCUACCAUAGUGGAUCAUCAUCAGGAUCACCAUCAGCAAAAUCAGGAUCAUCAGGAUUUGAAUGAACCUCAAACAUUCCUAGGACAAACUGAAUUGGACGAUGAGCUAAUUAAACAACUGCCAAAGGAGGUUCUAUUGCGUGUUUUCUCCUAUUUGGAUGUUGUCUCGCUAUGUCGUUGUGCUCAGGUGUGCAAAUAUUGGAAUGUUCUGGCCCUGGACGGUUCCAGUUGGCAGAAAAUCAAUUUAUUCGAUUUUCAACGUGAUAUUGAGGGUCCAGUGAUUGAGAAUAUAUCGCAAAGAUGUGGCGGUUUUCUCAAAUCACUAUCGCUGCGUGGUUGUCAGUCGGUGGGAGAUCAGUCCAUAAGAACUCUAGCGAAUCACUGCCACAAUAUCGAACAUUUGGACCUAUCGGAAUGCAAAAAAAUAACAGAUAUAUCAACACAAUCCAUUAGCAGAUAUUGCACCAAAUUAACGGCCAUUAAUUUAGAGUCAUGCUCUAAUAUAACAGAUAAUAGCUUAAAAUAUAUAUCGGAUGGUUGUUCGAACCUUUUGGAAAUCAAUGUGUCCUGGUGUCAUUUGAUAUCCGAGAAUGGUGUCGAAGCAUUGGCCCGCGGUUGCAUCAAACUCCGCAAGUUUAGUAGUAAAGGUUGUAAACAGAUUAACGACAAUGCCAUAACGUGCCUGGCCAAAUACUGUCCCGAUUUAAUGGUGCUAAAUUUACACAGCUGUGAGACCAUAACCGACUCAUCAAUACGCCAAUUGGCCUCAAAUUGUCCCAAAUUGCAAAAGAUUUGCGUUUCGAAAUGUGUGGAUCUCACUGAUCUCUCGCUGAUGGCUCUUUCGCAACAUAAUCAGCUAUUAAAUACUUUAGAAGUAUCCGGUUGUCGCAAUUUCACAGAUAUUGGCUUUCAAGCGCUGGGACGCAAUUGCAAAUAUCUAGAGCGUAUGGAUUUAGAAGAAUGCAGCCAGAUAACUGAUCUAACAUUGGCCCAUCUGGCCACUGGCUGUCCCAGUUUAGAGAAAUUGACCUUAUCACAUUGCGAACUGAUAACUGAUGAUGGUAUACGACAUCUAACAACUGGCAGUUGUGCAGCGGAAAUCCUGUCUGUGCUCGAACUGGAUAAUUGUCCACUGAUAACCGAUCGCACAUUGGAGCAUUUAGUUUCAUGUCACAAUUUACAGCGCAUCGAAUUAUUUGACUGUCAGUUAAUAUCACGUGCCGCCAUACGUAAGCUGAAGAAUCAUUUACCAAAUAUUAAGGUGCAUGCAUAUUUUGCACCAGUAACACCGCCCGCUGUUACCACCGGUAAUCGACCACGGUAUUGUCGAUGCUGUGAGAUUCUUUGAGAUACGGCCAUUGGCUUUGCACGUAAGAUAAUGCGAAAAACUGCCACAGACUGAUGUUGGUGGCCUGUGUGCAUCCUAAUGUUUGCCAUGGUUGUCAUCACCUUGACUCUCAUUACGAUGGUUGGCAUAUAUUUGUUAAUCCUACUGCAAGCCGAUUAUGGCAAUAACAACAGCAACAACAACAACAACAGAAACAACAACAACAACCACUACUACGACGACAACAAGAAUUACUUGGACAACUACAACAACAACAAAUUUGACGACCCUCCACAAAUAAUACGACCUAAUUAUAAUGAUGAUAGAAUACUGAUAAGAUAAAA